UGAGAACCCUGCUGCGUGAUUUCUGUAUCCUAGCAACCGGACAGUUGGUCAUGGCGGAUGAUAAAGACUCGGCAGGAGCUGAAGUGUCUGCGCUACACAGGAGGAUCAGAUCUGCAUUCGAUGUGUUUGAUCACGAGUCUAACCACACUGUGGACAUCAGAGAGAUUGGCACUAUAAUCCGGUCACUUGGAUGUUUCCCCACAGAGGCUGAGCUACAUGACAUCAUUGCUGAGAUAGAGGAAGAGGAGACUAGUGGAUUUAUUCGCUUUGAGAAAUUCCUUCCUGUCAUGACCAAAAUACUGAUCGAAAACAAGUUUCGUCCCAUUCCCGAAGAUUUACUCCUGCAGGCGUUUCAGGUGUUGGACCAGCAAAAGAAAGGAUAUUUGGAACCAGAGGAACUCAUCAAGUAUCUUACACAGGAAGGAGAGCCAUUCUCUAAUGAAGAAAUGGAUGAAAUGCUCUCGGCUGCGCUCGAUCCUGAUAAACAGGUUGUUUUCUACAGAGAGUUUGUUGGCAUGAUGACCCUUGAUGACCCACACUAACUGUGGUAACCAUGGUAACCAAGGAGCUGCCACUCUUCAUCAUUUGAUUUGCGUGUUCAUAUGACACAGUUAUUUGGAGAAGUAAAGACCUGACAGAAUUCACCUCAGCUUUAUUUCUGCACUGUUAAAGUUAAUGCACUGUUAAAGUUAAUGCACUGUUAAUGUAAUGUAAUGCUGAAUGUGGUGUUAAUUAAAUACACACACACACCCCACAGUAAACUGAAUAAAAUAUAGACACUCAAA